AUGAAAGAGAAACCUGAUAGUAUAGGAAUCAUCCUAUGUAUAAGAAGCAGAAACAAAUCGAAGAGAGAAAAUAGUCCCUUAUCUGGGUUUAUGGAUACUCUUGAAUCAAUUUCUAUAAAUUAA